AUGGCAUCGCAACGUUACACACUUCCCUGGGGUCGCUACGUCAUCUAUAACAGAUGGACUAACACAACUACUCCAGAUCGCAUUCAAAAUGCACUUCUCGCUAAGCACGCCGCGAUCUAUAGGGACUUUACUCAGAAGAGAGCCACUGCAUAUGAUGUAAAAGGCUGGGUGAAGAACACACAUUGUGGAAGGGUAGAAGGCGAAGCCCAAGGAACCGAAGAGUCUCUACAGAAGUUCCUGAAAGACAUCAACAAUGGACCCCGCCAUGCACAUGUCGUCAAGCUAGAGAAGAAGGAAAUCGCACCGAAGGAUGGCGAAGUAGAAUUUGGAUUCAUGAAGACCUCACAGUCGGGGUAUGAGGCCAUGCAGUGAUAUGAUAUCUUUCCAAAUACACCUGUUUCUCUUUAUAGUGUACCGCUUUGAAACAAAUUCUUGUUUGUCCUUCUGACACGAACUACUUAUAGUAGACGAUGAUGUAUUAUUGAUCCUAGCCCUUCCGACAACCCUCGUAUUGAAAAGUCAUCUGAAAGCCAAGCCAACAUCUUUCAUAUUCG